AUGGACAUGGAAGAUCUCGCGUACGGUUUCGCUCAGCGGGCGGAAGGAGAGGUGUCGUUGUUCAAAAAGAAUCUGGAAGAGAUGAUGACAAGAGGCGGGGUGCGAACGACGCUGCCGUCUCUGGUCGGCCUCUGCGUGUCGUCGGUGUAUUCGGAGGACAAGAACUUUUGGUCAGAGUUCGCGGAGCGCGACCAACUCGGCACGUUGACGGUCAAGCGCAGGGCCCGCCCUAUCCGCGACAUGUUCGACCUCUACCUCGCCCCCAGUGUUAUGGGCAGCAUCUGCUCCCGAUCAAACUGCGGACCGCUCGGCUUCGCCCAACUCUCGUACCUUUCCACCUCCCGCGACUGGAUCGCCGAAUUUCACAAGGGGGAGGACGUUCGAGCGGACUGCAUUCGGACGGCUCACUUCUCCCCCAGCGUGCGGGCCCUACCUAUCCGUUUCGGCAGCCCGGCUCGCUGGGUCUUUGACGGUCCCUCCACCUCGGACUGGGGCAAAAUCCUCCUCGGGAUGAUUCAUCAGGUCAACGAAAUCAUUGAAUGGCGGACCAAGGAAAAGAAGGACGUCGCGCACUUACGGAUAUACUGCUCGACCAACCGCUUCACGCCCAAGGCCUUCUUUGACGAGGUCAAUACUCCCAAUAUCCGCGGACGGGAAUGGGCCGCCAUCUUCUCCGGUUACAGUCGGAUGGACAGAACUACCCACAUCCUCUCGCCGGCGGAUCAAAGGCGUCUCACCCAGAAGCUGGGCGCGCACCUUCAGGCGCAUUUGAGGGCAAAGAGUGGGCUGAAGGACGAGGUGGAGUGGUACCCUUCCUUCGAGUCGCCCCUCUUCCACUCCUUCUGCGUGCCUUUACUAUAUACAACCAUCACAACCGACGAAUUCCCAAAACUCCUCAAUUACGCUCACCUUGCCUCCAUGCGGCGCCGGCUCGCUCUCGUCAAAACCCUCCGUAUCGAAUAUCAGGACAAGGUCUCGGAGCCGACCUACCUGCAGACCUUCAUAUACGGAAUAUACGGGAAACCAUACUGGACUCUGUUCGGGAGGGUGGAGAGCAAGGUGGAGAAGGAACUGUACGGCACGGAGCGGUGCUCGGCGGAAUUGCGGAUCAUCAUCGAGUCGUUGACGGAGAUGAUGCAUCUGGGAGGCAUCCCGAAGGUGAUGCCCAACCUGGAGAGGGUGGCGGUCUCGUCGGUCUAUGGCCACGAGACUGACGCCUGGACAGAGUUCGAAAAUCUUCAGGAUGACACCGCCGUUGACACGGUAGCGGAAGCGCACGAGGCGAGGUAG